UGGGAUAGUGCUGGUACCACUGCAGAGGAAAGACAUUUCAGACAAAUCACUGGAACUUCACUAGUCAAAUUCGAAGGGCAGUUGCACAAUAACUCUGGCAUAGAGGCGAACUCGGCUCACCAACUUGGCACUGUGUACUGUCACUCGGGCUCCAACCAGUCCAACAUUGGCAGGUGGAUCAGUCCCAAUGGGGAGGAGAUUCCAUCAGGGGGGAAUGACAUGUUCCAGAUCGAUUUUUACAACUCAACCUUCCGUAGUUACACCUCUCUCACCCUUAAAGAAGGUGUUCAGUUCAGUAGUGAGGCUGAGGGAAUGUACAGUUGCAUCAUCCCAGAUGAGAAUGGAGAGGAGCAGAUCCGUCAUUUUGGUCUCUACGACUACGGGUACACCUCUGAUUAUCAUUAUGCAGUGGUCCAACCAAUUGGAGGCCAGUGGGACAUAGAAUGUUCCGAGUUUUCACCUUUAGCAGUCAAUAUCACUGUUCGUACCUACUCUAUUCUCACGUGGGAGACGGCAAAUGGACUGAGGCUGAACAAGUCACUCUCACACAAAGUCCACUACUCAGCUCCGGUGGACAUGGCUCAGGAAUUGAUCUGUUACGGACUGAUCGGAGCUGAGAUUAAGAUGCCUCUGAAAUUUGUCUCUCUUAUUAUACGAGACAAAGUCACUGAACAAAGAGAUACAAAACCAGAUAAUGAAAGCCGUGCAACAAGUAAAAAACCAGAUGAAGUUCCUGAACAAAGAGAUACUGAAGAUGCAAAAAGUAGUAAACUAGAUGAAGUGGUGAGUGAGGAAAGAGAUACUAAAGGUAGAAAAUCAACCAAGAAAAGAAAUACAAAUGAAGUGGCUGACACAAAAGGUGAUAGUGUGGAUGAAGUUGGUGGCAAAAUGUCGCUGAUGAAAUUACAAAAUUGGAUGAGACUCAAGAAUAUGCUUAUCCCAAAUGACGUAAUUGCUUUACAGCCAUGCAUUGGACAAGGUGAAUAUGGGGUUGUAUACAAGGCUACUCUCAGCGAGGGAAAUACUGUUACCACUGUUGCAGUAAAGAUACUGAAAGGGAUGUUCAGUACACAUGAGAUUACAGCUUUGGUGGAGGAGUGCUCAGUGAUGUCCAGGUUAAACCAUCCGAACGUGAUGAAUCUGAUUGGAGUCUCAAUUGACUCGGCGAAUAUUGUGAUGCCGUUCAUGAGUCACGGCGAUCUGCUCACUUACUUGAGGAAAAAUAAGGAGCAACUUGCGAGUUCUACAGCGACUCUACCAUUUAAGUGUCUCUCGACGUGCCUGAAAAUAGCAAAAGGGAUGACCUACCUGGCCAGCAAGAGAUUGAUUCACAGAGAUCUUGCAGCUAGGAACUGCAUGAUUGCUGAGAACUUCGUGAUAAAGAUUGCUGACUUUGGUCUCUCGGUAAACACGGAGUCAAAAGACUAUUUCAGAAUGAACAGAGACAGUAUGAAGUUUUGA